ACUCGCAUGAGAGGUGAACAAAGCAGUUCUGUCCAUCCUCUCUUAACUCAGCCCUCCCCGCCCCAAUUAUCUCAGACAUGAAAACUGAUUGCUGCUACCUCGGUCUUCACUGAAAACUACUAACCUCAGGCACGCAUUCAUGUAUUUUCUCCACUUUGUUUUAAUCUAAUUGAUAUAAGCCCUGAAACGCACGGAAACGCCGGGGGUGGGGAGUUUCCCCGUUCCGGAAACGUUCGAACGUUUCCUAGCACAGGAAACGGGUGAUACGCGAAUAGGGGCCGUUUCCCAAUUUUUUAAUUUUUUUGGAAACGCGAAUAGGGAACAAUCAAACCUUUCAUCGUCCGCUCUUCGUUCUUCAACCCUAAGGCCUACCCAGUCUUCCUUCCGUCCGCAGAGUUCGCCGGCUUCUCCAAAGGGCAAAGGUCGUCCGCUGUAUUUGGGCUUCACAGGUCAUCGACGGGCGUCGCCUCUUCACUCUUCGCAGGUCAUCGUCGGCUCGCCGGCUUCCGUUCAGGGCCAACACUUAAUUUUAUUUCCUUCCUAGUUCUCCACUGAGCCAAACAAGUGGCCAGUUGGGCCUUAUUAUUCCAUUAGAUGCGGAAAAACAUAGCUGACUAAGAGGAGUAGAGAGAAAUACAGAGAAAAUGCUACUGGGUACUGCUAGGCAUCCCUCUGCACCUUCAGUUCCAAACUUGCACUGUCUGCGACCAACAGUGUUAACAUUCUCUCCAUCUCAAUGGUGUUUUAACUUGAGGAAGGAGAAGAAACUCUCUGUGACUUGUGACUACUCCUGUUUCCAAAUAACGGAUGUCAGUUAUCGGCCUCCUGGGACAAAGGUCACCCUCUUGGAUCAAGUCAAUCUCUCUCUUCCCGAAAGAAGUUGUGGCUUGAUUAUUGGACGCAGUGGAAGCGGAAAGACUACUCUCUUGCAACUGAUUGCAGGAUUAAACAAACCAACAUCAGGUUCCAUUCAAAUUCAACGAUAUACUGAUGAUGGCCUGCCUUGUAAGUGUCCCGAACCAUUAAACCCUGGAAGGGUUGGCAUUGUUUUCCAAUUUCCAGAGAGAUACUUUGUUGGAGACAGUGUGCUUGAUGAAGUUACAUUUGGUUGGCCAAGACAAAGCGGCAACCUUCAUCUGAAGGAGCUUCUUGCUUCAAAGCUCCAAAAGGCCAUUACUUUGGUUGGUUUGACAGGAAUCUCUUUGGAUAAAGAUCCCAACUCAUUAAGUGGGGGCUACAAACGCCGACUUGCUUUAGCAAUUCAGUUAGUUGAGAAACCUGAUUUGUUGAUAUUAGAUGAGCCUCUUGCAGGCCUCGAUUGGAAGGCUCGUGCAGACAUCGUAAAGUUGCUGAAGAGUCUAAAGAAAGAGCUAACUUUACUCAUUGUCAGUCAUGAUCUCAAAGAAUUGGCACCUCUAGUUGAUCACUCUUGGAGGAUGGAAAUGGGGGGAUCCCUUAAAGUGGCAGAAACCCCUCUUGCCAUAUAAUGCUUUGAGGGGCAUAGUUUGUUCUUGCACAAAUUAUUGGUGGCACUCAAGAUUCAAGGGUUGAUUACACAAGCGUGAUUCACCAUCGUGGAUACAACAAUUUCAACCACCAGCACCGUUAUUGGCCAUCAGGCGACCGUAGUCACGGUCAAUCACCGCCGCCACAGUUCACGUGGUCCUGAUAUGACGUGUGUGAUAUUUUAGAAAUAUGUCUUGAUAGCUAGAUGAAUCUUGCCGUUCUUUCCUCUCACAUAUUGCAUCAGUAUAAUGCACCCUCCAACUAUGAUGAUUUCUACAAAAAAACUGAACCUGUUGUAAUUCCCUUUAAAUUUUCC